GGCGAACAGCAAGUCAAGAUUUGAGAGACACCUAAGGACCUGUCAGCAUGUUGUCAGUAGCACUGCUCUACGUUUUGGCCGUGGUUUGCUCUGGACGGAGAAUUCAUGCAUUACCUCUGUACUCAGAGCCGGCACAUGAAGAUCUGCUUCAGAAACUGGUUGCAGAGGUUGAUAUGGGUCAGAGUAAUGACUUAACAGAACAAAGAGACAUCAAAAAUGUUCUUCCGGUCCUGCUGCAGCAAGAUGCAAAAGAAAGCUUGCAGCAAGAGAAAAUUAAUAAUAUGGUGGAUGAUUUUAAAGCUGUCAUCUUGAAACUAGCAGCAGCCGAUAACCUGCGUUCUCAAGGCUUUGUACGAUCUCAGCAAAACUUACCCAAAAACAAUAAAAGAGCCUGUUUCUGGAAGUAUUGUGUAACAAACUAGGAUUUUAUCCGCACAGAUGAAGAAAGGACCAGCUUGCCAUAGCCCUUCUGUACAAACAUCUCUAUGUUUAUUCCCUCAUAAAAUAUCUGUGAAACUGACAUUUGAAAUUGUGUAUAUUGUUUAUAUAUAGUAUGUAAACUGGAAUACAAAUGUAUUUUUUAUCUUAAAUGAAACUCAUAAAAUGAUCAAGAACUGCAACUGUAAAAUAAAUCUGUGUAUUUUAUUGUCAGUAUAGAGAUUCGUCAUCACAGCUUUGCACAUUCAAAACAUAGACACAACAAAUAUAGUAGCAGUAUAUCAAUUUUAUUUGUACAUAAAAUUUGAAAGAAAGCAGUGUAAUCUUUUUCUUAAACAACCAUAUACUUUAAUAAAUGGUGAGCUUUUGCAAUUUUGCAUCUGUAUUCCACUAUAACCCUUUAAAUGAAACAACCAUUAGUGUGGAAAUCUUGAUGUGUGAAUUAUCUACUGCACAACUGUCCUGAUCAACAUACAUACAAGAUACAUACAUAUUUUAGAUAUGCAUUAUAACCGAAUGGAUACCCUAU